AUGUCCCUCCACACCGCCCACCUUCGGAUCGCGCGGCCGACCGACAACUUCAACGCCCUCCUCCCCUUUUACCUUGACGGGCUGGGCUUUGAGAUGCUGACUAGCUUUGGCGGGCACGACGGCUUCGACGGCAUCAUGCUGGGGCGCCGCGGCACCGGCUACCACCUCGAGUUCACCACCAAGCGUGGCCACCCCGUCGGCCGCGCCCCUACCCAGGACAACCUUCUCGUCUUCUACCUCCCCGAGGACGCGCAAUUCCAGGCCGCCGUCGCGCGCAUGCAGGCGCACGGCUUCGCGCCCGUGGCCGCCUUCAACCCGUACUGGGACCGAGUGGGCAAGACCUAUGAAGAUCCGGAUGGCUAUCGGAUCGUGCUGGCCAACAUGAAAAACCCCACAGCCUAA